UUUAUUAAUGCCUUCAAGUCUCUUCCUUCUUUUCUUGUUUCUUUGCUUUUGCUGCAAAUUUUAUCCUCACAAAAAAAUGGGGUUUCAAUAGAAAAAUAAAUAUUUUUGUUCAUUAUAUGAAACCAAUGCAGGCAAUCAUGAUUUUGAUGGUGAAAGAGUAAGGUAUAGCCUGGUCUGGCCUGGCCUGUGUUCACUGUUUCAGAGUCAAUUAAACCUUCUUCACCAACCUCCCUUCUCUCCCCAUUAAAGAUAGGGAGACAGAAGAAAAAAAAGUCAUUUUCUUUCUUUUCUUUGUUUCUCUAGUUGUUUUGGUGCACUAGUGAAAGAGAUCAAGGGAAGAAAGUCUUGUUUGUUUUUAGCAAUUGUUUUUUCUAGUAAUGGUUUGCUAGAAUCACCUUCACUUUCCUCCUUUUUCUCGGGCUUCCCUUUGGCACUGAAUGAGAUAAUGGCUUGUCACAUUGUUGCCAAGAAGAGAGGAGUUCCAUCUCAUCUUCUUCUUCAUCUUCAUCUUCUUGUUCUUCUCUCUUUCCUUCUAGUCGCGAAAUUUGAUGUUGUUUCAGGCCUGAAUUACACAAAGUAUAAUAAGCAACUGAGUAGCUUGAGGCUUGAAAGAAUUCAAAAACACUUGGAAAAGAUUAACAAGCCUGCUCUCAUGACCAUUGAGAGCCCAGAUGGAGAUAUCAUAGAUUGUGUCCAUAAAAGAAAACAACCAGCUUUAGAUCAUCCUCUUUUAAAAAGUCACAAGAUUCAGAGAGCUCCAUCAGAGAUGCCAAAGGUGAAAAUGUUGAAACCAGAUGAGGCAAGAGGUUCAAGGAGUAAUGAGGCAGGUGUAAAGGGUAGUGCAUGGCAAAUGUGGCAUAGGAAUGGGACAAGAUGUCCAAAAGGAACGGUUCCCAUACGCCGAAGCUCAAUGCAGGAUGUUCUCAGAGCUAAGUCUUUGUUUGACUUUGGUAAGAAACAACAUGGAUUCAUCAACCCUACUCGCCGUACCGAUGCACCGGAUGUUGUUAGCGGCAACGGACACGAACAUGCGAUUGCAUAUACCGGAACAUCCCAAGAGGUUUAUGGAGCAAAGGCAACUAUUAGCGUGUGGGACCCGUCAAUCCAAGAGGUCAACGAGUUCAGUCUAUCACAGAUUUGGAUUCUUUCAGGAGCAUUCGACGGCACUGAUCUCAACAGUAUUGAAGCUGGAUGGCAGGUCAGUCCGGAGCUUUAUGGUGACAGCAGGCCAAGAUUGUUCACUUAUUGGACGACUGAUUCCUAUCAAGCAACUGGAUGCUACAACCUUUUAUGUGCAGGCUUUGUCCAAACAAAUAGUAGAAUUGCCAUUGGAGCUGCCAUUUCUCCUGUCUCACAAUAUGGUGCAAAUCAAUAUGACAUUACCAUCCUCAUUUGGAAGGAUCCUAAGAUAGGAAAUUGGUGGAUGGGAUUUGGUGACAAUACCUUGGUAGGUUAUUGGCCAGCAGAGCUAUUUACUCACCUAGCAGACCAUGCCACCAUGGUGGAAUGGGGUGGUGAAGUGGUGAACUCAAGGGCCAACGGCAAGCACACGUCGACGCAGAUGGGCUCUGGUCACUUUGCCGAAAACGGGUUCGGAAAAUCAAGCUAUUUCCGGAACCUAGAGGUCGUUGAUGCUGAUAACAGCUUGAGUUCUGUCCAUGAUAUCUCAACCCUAGCUGAGAAUACAAAUUGUUACAACAUCAAAAGUUCCUACAGCACUGAAUGGGGCACAUAUUUCUACUAUGGAGGGCCUGGAAACAAUCCUCGGUGCCCUUGAUCAUUAGUUCCACCGUUGCCAUCGUCGUCAUCGUCAAUAUUAUUGCAAGAUAUAAUUUCUAAGAUGGCUUAAAAAUUGGUAGUGUCAAAAUUCUUUAGUAGUGUAAUUAUUGAAUUAUGCUAUUUCCAAUCUUGUUUUUGCUAAUUUUACAAUUUUUGUUGGUGUUGUGAUGAAGGAAUGUGUAUCAUUAGUAAAAUAAGACGAAGGCAAAUUUGCAUAAACAGGCAUGGAAAUAGCAGUAUUUUGGGAAUAGUGUAUGGCUUAAUGUGAAA